CUUUCUUAAGCAGCCAUGGCAGAUCCGCAAAAGCAGAUGCAGGCCCUUUCGGAUGAAUACCAGGCUCUCCAAACGGAACUAGAUGGCCUCGUCGAUGCGCGCCAAAAGCUCGAAUCGCAACAGCAGGAAAACAAGAGCGUCCAAGCGGAAUUCAACUCUCUUGAUGAUGACGCCAAUAUCUUCAAGCUCAUCGGGCCAGUGUUGUUAAAGCAAGAUAAGACUGAGGCAUUGAUGGCUGUUAAUGGGCGUCUGGAGUUUAUUGAAAAGGAGAUCCAACGGAUCGAGGGUCAAAUUAAGGAAAAUCAGGAUAAGAGCGAUAAGAAGCGGGCUGAAAUUGUCCAGUACCAGAGUCAGAUCCAACAACAGGCCGCUGCAGCGGCUGCUUCUGCUUGAACCCAGCUUUGACUUGAAGCUAGAUGAUAAGAGGUCGAGACGAGCUAGCGCUUGAGAGUAGUGUGGAAUAAAGGACGUGAUACCCAGCGUAUGAACACCAGCUGAGCCACCAAGGUUGCUCGCAUAAUCUACUUAGCUGAAGGGUCUGCACGAUACGUUGUCCCUGCGAUUCAGCGGGGAGCCGUGGGUCGAGAUUGUAGUUCUAUCGGAGGCUGAAUACGCAGUCACGCAGGACUGCCUCAGAAAGGAAGACUUCGAUGUACCUGGCUGGAUAUGGAGCCCUGGCUGUAUUUGUGAGGGCAAGGCUCAGGGAGUACACUCAGUUCAGAUGCUUCAAUCAUUGAUGCACCAUAACAUUAAGAAUUACCCCGAGA